AUGCAGGCCCUUAUUCGCCGACCAAUCCCCCCUUUCCCCAUCCCGUUCUCCCCUUUCCCCAUCCCGUUCUCCCCUUCCCCAUCCCGUUCUCCCCUUUCCCCAUCCCGUUCACCCCUUUCCCCAUCCCGUUCUCCCCUUUCCCCAUCCCGUUCUCCCCUUUCCCCAUCCCGUUCUCCCCUUUCCCCAUCUCGUUCUCCCCUUUCCCCAUCCCGUUCUCCCCUUCCCCAUCCCGUUCUCCCCUUUCCGCAUCCCGUCCUCCCCUUUCCGCAUCCCGUUCUCCCCUUUCCGCAUCCCGUUCUCCCCUUUCCGCAUCCCGUUCUCCCCUUUCCCAUCCCGUUCUCCCCUUUCCCCAUCCCGUUCUCCCCUUUCCCCAUCCCGUUCUCCCCUUUCCCCAUCCCGUUCUCCCCUUUCCCCAUCCAGUUCUCCCCUUUCCCCAUCCCGUUCUCCCCUUUCCCCAUCCCGUUCUCCCCUUUCCCAUCCCGUUCUCCCCUUUCCCAUCCCGUUCUCCCCUUUCCGCAUCCCGUUCUCCCCUUUCCGCAUCCCGUUCUCCCCUUUCCCUCCCGUUCUCCCUUCCCUCGUUUCCUCCUUCCCUCCCUUCCCUCGUUUCCCUCUCUUCCCUCCCUUCCCUCGUUUCCCUCUCUUCCCUCCCUUCCCUCGUUUCCCUCUCUUCCCUCCCUUCCCUCGUUUCCCUCUCUUCCCUCCCUUCCCUCGUUUCCCUCUCUUCCCUCCCUUCCCUCGUUUCCCUCUCUUCCCUCCCUUCCCUCGUUUCCCUCUCUUCCCUCCCUUCCCUCGUUUCCCUCUCUUCCCUCCCUUCCCUCGUUUCCCUCUCUUCCCUCCCUUCCCUCGUUUCUCUCUCCCUCCCUUCCCUCGUUUCCCUCUCUUCCCUCCCUUCCCUCGUUUCCCUCUCUUCCCUCCCUUCCCUCGUUUCCCUCUCUUCCCUCCCUUCCCUCGUUUCCCUCUCUUCCCUCCCUUCCCUCGUUUCUCUCUCCCUCCCUCCCUCGUUUCCCUCUCUUCCCUCCCUUCCCUCGUUUCCCUCUCUUCCCUCCCUUCCCUCGUUUCCCUCUCUUCCCUCCCUUCCCUCGUUUCCCCCUCCCUUCCCUCGUUUCCCUCUCUUCCCUCCCUUCCCUCGUUUCCCUCUCUUCCCUCCCUUCCCUCUCGAUACCGUGUUUUCAUGGCUAUACUUUCUCAAACCGUGCUUCUCUUGCAGGCGGGGUGACUCCAACUCCGCACAUUGUACCGCCUGCGCCAAUCCUCACACAUCAAAGCCACCUCUCCACCCAGUCCCACACUAGUUUCAUUCUCGUCUCCAACAGCUCUCACAUCCACAUCCCCUUGAUCGAUUUCUGUGCUUGUGUUGCAGGUGGGGUGCUUUCCUGA